CAGCAAAUUUGACAAGGAACAAGAACAUCAUUUUUGUGAAAGUCAUCAUCGUGUGUUAUAGCUGCUGAAAAAGGAGACUAAUUUCCUUUAGAAUUGUAAUAAAAAUUGUGACUGCAACUAAAGUUCCGCCACAAUGAAGUUGAAAAUCACUUCCGCCGCCGGCGUCAUUUGCCUCCUCGACGAACCGAUUCAGGAGUUGAAGGUGUUUGCGCUGAAAAAGUUGGACAGCAUCGUUGACGAGUUUUGGCCGGAGAUCUCCGAAGCGGUGGAGAAAAUUGAGAUUCUCCACGAGGAUAAGGGUUUUGCGCAGCAUGACCUUGCUGCUCUGGUCGCUUCCAAGGUGUACUACCAUUUAGGGUCUUUCGAGGACUCACUAACCUACGCACUGGGUGCGGGCGAUUUGUUCGACGUGAAUGCCCGUAAUGAGUACGUGGAUACGAUAAUCGCAAAGUGCAUUGAUCAUUACACGCAGCUGCGUGUACAACAUGCGGAGAAUUCGGCUAAAGCCAAGCCUAUCGAUGGGCGACUGGAAGCCAUCGUGAAUCGAAUGAUUCAACGUUGCCUGGAUGAUGGACAAUAUCGGCAGGCAUUGGGGAUUGCGCUUGAAACUAGACGCAUGGAUGUGGUGGAAUCUUCGAUCAUGAAGGCUGAUGACAUACCCGGAAUGUUGGCCUACGCUUUUCAGGUUACCAUGAGUCUAAUCCAGAAUCGCGCAUUUCGUAAUACCGUUCUUCGCUGUCUGGUCGGCUUGUAUCGUAACUUGGGUGUUCCGGACUACGUCAAUAUUUGCCAGUGUUUGAUUUUCCUAGAAGAUCCAUUGGCUGUGGCGGAAUUGCUUGAUAAUCUGACCAAGGGUGGUGAACAUUCAGUGCUAAUGGCAUAUCAGAUUGCGUUCGAUCUGUACGAAUCUGCAACCCAGCAAUUUUUGGGGCAGGUAUUGCAGGCUUUGAAGGCCACCGCUCCGAUACCGUCUGCUUUGAUUUCGAACCUAAAGCCGCAAGGAACAAGCGCUGCUGCAGUACCGGAGGUUAAGCAGGAACCAAAAGAGAGCGAGGAUGGAGAUGUAAAAGUUGAGCGUACGGUUGAGAGCUUGAAUGAAGCGGAGAAAACUCAUCAGGCAAACAUCGAGAAGCUGGCAGGGAUAUUGUCCGGAGAAGUAUCGAUCGAUCUGCAGUUGCAGUUUUUGAUUCGAAGCAACCACGCUGAUUUGCAGAUUUUGAGAGCCACGAAGGAAGCGGUGCGUGUAUCAAUUUGUCACACUGCGACCGUUAUAGCAAAUGCUUUCAUGCAUAGCGGAACCACCAGUGAUCAGUUCCUGCGAGAUAAUUUGGAGUGGCUGGCUAGGGCUACUAACUGGGCUAAGUUGACCGCUACUGCAUCGCUUGGUGUGAUUCAUCGCGGUCACGAAACUGAGUCACUGGCACUUAUGCAAAGCUAUUUACCGAAGGAAAGUGGACCAAGCUCUGGUUAUUCUGAGGGAGGCGGCCUCUAUGCUCUGGGGCUAAUUCAUGCCAAUCAUGGUGCGAAUAUUAUUGAUUAUCUUUUGCAGCAGCUUAAGGAUGCUCAAAAUGAGAAUGUUCGCCACGGAGGUUGCCUUGGUCUAGGGCUUGCGGCUAUGGGAACUCAUCGACAGGAUGUCUAUGAGCAGCUGAAGUUCAAUCUGUAUCAAGAUGAUGCAGUAACCGGAGAAGCUGCUGGCAUUGCUAUGGGUAUGGUUAUGCUAGGUUCCAAGCAUGCUCCAGCUAUCGAGGAUAUGGUAGCAUAUGCUCAGGAAACUCAGCACGAAAAAAUUCUUCGUGGAUUGGCCGUUGGAAUUUCUCUAACAAUGUAUGCUCGCUUGGAAGAGUCCGAUUCGCUGGUUACUAGUUUGUCCAACGAUAAGGAUCCUGUUCUACGCCGCAGUGGUAUGUAUACUAUCGCUAUGGCAUAUUGUGGAACUGGAAACAAUCAAGCCAUUCGGAAAUUGCUGCACGUUGCCGUUAGCGAUGUUAACGAUGAUGUUCGUCGUGCUGCCGUUACUGCUAUCGGAUUCAUCCUCUUCCGUACGCCGGAGCAGUGUCCCUCUGUUGUUUCACUCUUGGCUGAGUCCUACAAUCCACAUGUUCGAUAUGGUGCGGCCAUGGCUCUUGGAAUUGCUUGUGCUGGUACCGGUCUACGUGAAGCAAUAGCGUUGUUGGAGCCGAUGGCAAAAUUCGACCCCGUUAACUUUGUUCGCCAAGGUGCUCUUAUUGCGUCAGCUAUGAUUCUUAUUCAACAAACCGAUCAAACAUGCCCGAAGGUCACUUUCUUCCGUCAGUUGUACACCCAGGUCAUUACCAACAAGCACGAAGAUGUAAUGGCCAAGUAUGGUGCGAUUUUGGCGCAGGGUAUUAUUGAUGCUGGUGGUCGCAAUGUAACUGUUAGUCUGCAAUCCCGUACGGGCCAUACUAAUUUGCAAGCCGUUGUUGGAAUGUUAGUUUUUACCCAGUACUGGUACUGGUUCCCGUUGGCUCAUUGCCUGUCUUUGGCUUUUACACCGACCUGUCUGAUUGCUUUGAACUCUGAUCUGAAGAUGCCCAAGGUCGAUUUUAAAUCGGCCGCUCGUCCGUCGUUGUACAGCUAUCCGGCCCCGCUGGAGGAGAAAAAACGGGAGGAGCGAGAUAAAGUUGCCACGGCUGUUUUGUCGCUGGCUGCCAGAGCCAAACGUCGCACCGGUGACAAGAAAAAGGAAACCAAGGACGGUGAAUCAAAGAUGGAAGUAGAUGAGGAUGCUCCAGCCAAGGAUGAUCUCUCGGCAACCGUAAAGGCUAAGGAGGAGGCAAAAACGACUCCCGUCAAGGAAGACAAAAAGGAAAAGAAAGAGAAACCCAAGGAUGCAGCAGUUCCAUCACCGGCAGCUUCAGGAACAGGGGACGAUACUUCGCCAGGCACGACAUCAACUACUGCUGUUGGUGCUGCUGCUGCUCAAAGCAAAACUCCAAAAGAACCGGAGCCCAGCUUUGAGAUAUUGCACAACCCAGCCCGUGUUAUGCGUCAACAGUUAAAGGUUAUUAGCAUUGCCGAGGGAAUUUCCUAUGUUCCGCUGAAGGACGUCACCAUUGGUGGUAUCGUUAUGAUGCAGCACAAUGCCACCGGAGAGCAGGCGUUGGUCGAACGCGUCACCGCUUAUGGACCGAAAAAUGACGAUCUGAAGGAACCGGAAGCCCCGGAACCGUUCGAGUACAUCGAGGAUUAGGCGCGGUGUUCUCCCUUGUUGGAUAAUGGAAAUUAAAUAAAUGUAUUCUAAUCUAUUAACGCUAAGAACUUUCAAUUUUGAUGGUGUUGUAAUAACAUAAAAGAAAUAAAAAUUAUAAAAUUUCUCAA